GAAAAAGUGUGUCGUAAGUGUAGCAAUCGCUCGGCACGAAAUGCUCCUCAUCCAGGUAGGCGUCGCCACUUCCACACAUCCUCUGCUUCGCUUCCCCACCAAUGGCGCCGCCCACCACGCCCUCCUCCUUCCUCCGCCCGCCGCCGCCGCCGCUGCACCGCCUCGUCCGCCUCCCCCCUCCCUCGGCCUCGUUCCGCGUCGCCGACCUCCUCGGCGGCCGGGGACUCUGCAACGGCGAGGUCGGCAUCCGCAGGGAGCUCGCCUCCGACUCCCCCGCCGCGCCGCCGUCCACCACGAGCGCCACGUCGGGUGAUCCCGCGGAGGCUCCGCCGCCGGCGGCGGCGGCGGACGGGGUGGAUCCGGACGCGUUCGAGAAGGAGAUGAUGGGGCUCACCGGCGGAUUCCCCGGCGGCGAGGUCGGCCUCAAGGACUUCGUCGCCAAGAACCCGCCUCCCCCCAAGCCACAGAAGAAUAAAGGCCUCACCGCCGCCGCCGCCGCCGCCGGCGGGCUCGUGACCGUGGAGCGGCCGAGGGCGCCGGAGCUGCCGCUGUUCCUCCCCGGCAUGGUGGUGCUCGUCACGAACCCCAACAACGCCUACCACAUGUACUGCGGCAUCGUGCAGCGCGUCACCGACGGCAAGGUCGGCGUGCUCUUCGAGGGCGGCAACUGGGACAGGCUCAUCACCUUCGAUCUCGACGAGCUCGAGGGGAGGGAGAAGGGCCCGCCCAUGGUGAACCCCAAGUCCGUGCUGCUCGAGGCCCUCGCGGCUGACCUGGACUUGGACGACAAUGAGGCCAAGGACAAGAAGGAGGGAGAGGAGGCCAAGAAGAAGGAAGAGGAAGGCACCGCCGCCGCGGCCUGACCACCAUUGUUCUUCUUGUAUGUAUGUAUGUAUACAGCACAGCAAUAUAUAUUUUCUUGGGUGAGUGAUUUCAAAGUGAGUAAAUAUGUUCAUGUUAAUUGCUAUAUGUGUAGCUGAAAUCUUAAUGUGAAAUGAGACUAUGGAACAGAUGGUUUGGAUAUAAAAAGUUCAUCACCAUUUUGAGUUA